AUGUCGCUCUGGGCCAGAGCUCAGCAGUUGCCACCCGAGAGUUUGCAGAAGGUGCGAGCAAUCUAUGUAGAUCAAUUUCCUAUUGAAGUUAGGCACUGCCUAGCGGCAUGGAUCGAGAGUAGAAUAUGUCUCCUGCCGACCAGGACCCCUGAGCCGGAAGAACAGCAGAGAUACUUCGUCGAAGAGCUGGUGCACGAGAUAAACACUCAUGCCGAACUCCUACUAUCCUCGGACAUGUUCGUCACCAGGAUGAAGCUGUUGGAGGCUGCCAAAAAUAUACACUUGCAGUACAGUCACGCACCUCAAGAGCUAUACGCGUACAUGCGCCGUUGUCUCGCUCUAGAAAUGGAGGUAAUACAAAAUGCGAUGGGGCCACAGUACGCGGCUCAGCCUCAGUCAGAACGCAAGUAUAGUGAGCUGAUCACGGGUCUUCAGACAGUCCGACAGACUGUUAACAUGGUUAGUGAAGAGAUAAGAAGUCUUCAAGCGAACAUGGAGUCUUUCUCUCUGCAAUACCACGAAUGUAUCAAGAAUAAGGGGCACAUAAGCUAUUUGCAGCAGGCCGGUCCCAUGACUACUGAACGACGAGAUCUCGAAGCAUGCCUCCGAGUACAGAUUGAAGAAAUGGAGAGAAAACUGAAUGUGCUGGUUGCCCAGAUUAAUCAAGCUCAACUCCAGCUGGUCGAUCAUAUGAAGGACAACAUCGCGAACCUCCGACAGCUGCAGAGUCAGGUGUUGGACGAAGAGCUCAUCAAAUGGAAACGCGAACAGCAAUUGAGCGGGAACGGUGUCCCGAUGCAAUCGAACCUGAACACUAUACAGGAAUGGUGCGAAUUACUCGCCGAUCUCAUAUGGACGUCCAGACAGCAGGUCACCAAUGUUGCCAGGAUUAAUAACAAGGCGAUACACGAGUUGAGACAGCCGCAUCUCGGCGAGAUGCUCGACGAUAUGAGCAAGCAGGUGACCAGUCUCCUAUCGACAUUGGUGACAUCUACCUUCGUUAUAGAGAAACAACCUCCUCAAGUUAUGAAAACCAACACACGCUUUACAGCUACAGUUAGAUUACUAGUCGGAGGUCAAUUGAAUGUAUAUAUGACACCACCUAGAGUCAGUGUGGUUAUAAUAUCGGAGCAACAGGCACAGUUAUUGCUGAAGAGUGAAACGCAGGCUGGUAAAGGUAAACAGCCAGUGGAAUGCGGAGAUAUAUUAAAUAAUAGCGGAGUGAUGGAGUACCAGGCCACUAGUAGACAGCUAAGUGUCAGUUUUAGGAAUAUGCAACUGCGUAAGAUAAAACGAGCGGAGAAGAAAGGGACAGAGAGUGUGAUGGACGAGAAGUUGACCCUAUUAUUUCAGUCCCAGUUCAACGUGGGAGGUGGUGAACUUGUAUUUCAGGUGUGGACAUUGUCCCUGCCGGUGGUGGUGAUAGUGCAUGGGAACCAGGAACCACACGGCUGGGCCACCGUCACGUGGGACAACGCCUUCAGCCCGCCGGGACGCGUGCCCUUCGCCGUCCCAGAUAAGGUCACAUGGGGCCAACUAGCGGAAACUUUACGCAUUAAGUUCUACUCGGCCACAUCGGGAGGCGAUCUAUCCGAAGAUAACUUAAGAUUCCUCGCUGAGAAGAUAUUCAGUAUUCCCGGUUCCUGCAGGACCAGUCUGCCGCUGACGGCCCUCGAGCUGAACGCUACCAUGGUCAGCUGGACUCAGUUCUGCAAGGACGCGUUGCCCGAGAGGAACUUCACCUUCUGGGAGUGGUUCUACAUGGUGGUUAAGGUCACCAGGGACUACCUGAGGACGCUCUGGUGUGAUGGACUUAUAAUGGGCUUCAUACAGAAGAAACAAGCGGAAGAUAUGCUCUCAAAAUGUUCACCGGGGACAUUCCUGCUCCGUUUCUCGGACUCGGAAUUAGGGGGGAUCACUAUCGCCUGGGUCGGAGAGGCCCACGAGGUGUACAGUCUCCAGCCGUUCACGUCUAGAGACCUGAUGCUUCGUUCUCUGGCCGAUAGGGUGUUGGACCUCCCACAGCUUCAGUAUUUGUACCCGAGUGUUGCCAAAGACACGGUCUUCUCGAAAUAUUAUACCAAACCGGAGAAUGAUGUGCUAAAGAAUGGCUACGUGAAACCUGUGCUGGUGACCACGCUGCCCCCGUACAUGGCGACGCCCGCGUACGCGUCGCCCGACUCUCAUCGCAGCACGCCCUCGGUGCACACCAGUUAUGCCGCAACGCCGGCGCCUACUGAGGCUAGUACAUACAUGGACAGCGAUUUGUUCGAGCAGAUGCGCGCCUUUGACCCAGACGGCUUUGACGAAUUCAACCUGUACGAGAGUAUGACGAUGAAAUGA